AUCCUCGCCCUUCAGCUCCAAGGAUAUAUUAGUACGAGUAUAUAGCCAGUCGCUGCGCAGUGCUAACUCUAUCUUGCAAACCUUUUCCUCCAUCCUUCUCCCCGCUACAAUCGAAUUUUCCAGCGCUCGACGCUACAGAAAUCGCCUCAACUCAUUCCCACGCGACAAUCUCGAGCAUCACAACCUCUGACCGCUUCGCCACAUCACACACAUCAUGUCUAACCAGGAUUGGGACUCUGCCACCAAGAUUGGGAGCCGCGUUCGCGGUCCCGGUGCUUCGGACCGCGAAACCGUCAUCCGCGGAAAGAGCGCGUUGAACGCUGCCCAGAGAUCCGGCGCUUCCAUCACCACAGAGAAGAAGUACUCCAGCGCCAACACGACUGGUGGUACUGAGGGCCAGCGUCUCACCAAGGUCGACCGCUCCGACGAAAUUAUCAAGCCCAAGACUGUCGGAAAGGAAGUCGGAAAGGCCAUUGAGCAGGGCCGACAGAAGUUCGAGCCUACCAUGACCCAGGCUGCUCUGGGCAAGCAGAUCGGAGAGACAGCCGCAACUGUCGCCGCUUACGAGCGUGGCACUGCUACGCCUGACCAGACCGUUCUCUCCAAGAUGGAGCGAGUGCUCAACAUCAAGCUGCGGGGUGCCAACAUUGGUGCCCCGCGCCUGGGCCCCAAGAAGAAAUAAAUGGAAAACUGGGCGAUUGGGUUUUGGAGAUAAAGAAAGGAGCAGGAAACGAGUAAUUUGCAAUUGGGCAAAGGCGACGAACACGAACUGCGUAGCUCUCGCCUGGCGGUAUUGCUAGUGGGUGCAAUCGGAUGCGCUUCUGGCGAUAAAAAGGGAGUACAAAGCCGUUUCAAUAGAUGGGGAUAUGGCGGUAUUCCUGCACGUAUAGCAGAGAAACGGGAUUGUUUUGGUCCGGUUUACGCAGGAUUUAUGGCGUUUUACGUGGUAUGAACAAGAAAUAGAAUUCAGAAUGUGGACAAACGCUAGUUUGCCUGCUUGCUCACUUUUGCUUCA